UAGAGGACCGACGAAGAAGAAUAGAAAGCGGAAGAAGACGUGGCUAAAUGCUAACGAUUGCUAGCAGAGUACAAAUUCAAAUAACUAAAUAACUAGUUGUGAUUUCGAAUAUACAACUUAUUCGCUUUUCUCUGGUAAUGUAAUCUUACAAUAACUGCAGUAUUUUAUUCAAUACUUAACAACACUAAACAAGUGCACGUUUUGUUUAGUGCGAUGUAACUUAUGCCAACAUAUUUUAUAAAUACUGAUUGCAAUACACUUUUUUCUGAUGCUUAUCGUUGAAAUUCCAAACGCCACUUCUAUGGGCACAGAAGGACAGUUUGUACAAUUUAAUUGUUUUAUUUAACUUGUUUCUACUUUAAGGGGAAUUUCACAUUAAAGGUAUGAAGUAGGCAGACCAGUUGAACUUCCUGAUUGCGCUAAAGAGAAGUAAUCUUAAUCUAUACCGAUGGACUCAUUUUCAUUCUGUGUCAGCAGUGCCAAAUUCUCGAGAACCAUGUCAAAUGGGCGGAUUUAUGUUGGGAAUCUUCCCAUGGACGUCCAGAGGAGAGACCUGGAAGAUCUCUUCACUAAAUAUGGAAAAAUCCGUCUGAUUGAAUUGAAGAAUUACAGUGACUCUGCUCCUUUUGCCUUCAUUCAAUAUGAAGACCCACGGGAUGCAGCUGAUGCUGUUUCUGGAAGGAAUGGAUUUGGAUAUGGAGAUGUCAAACUGCGAGUGGAAUAUCCACGAGAAUCCACAAACCAGUUUGGCCCAACUGGAGGUGGUAGAGGGGGGGGGUUUGCUCCAAGAGGUGGAGGAGGAUUUGUUCCAAGAGGUGGAGGAGGAUUUACUCCUAGAGGUAGAGGAGGAUUUUCUCCAAGAGGUGGAGGAGGAUUUGCUCCAAGAGGAGGAGGUUUUGCACCAAGGGGAAGAGGUGGACCUCCAUCCAGAAGAUCGGAAUUCCGGGUGAUAGUCACUGGCUUGCCACCAACUGGCAGUUGGCAGGAUCUGAAGGACCAUAUGCGUGAGGCUGGAGAUGUUUGUUAUACGGACGUGCAGCGGUCCGGAGAAGGUGUAGUGGAGUUUGUCCGCAGAGAUGAUAUGGAGUAUGCAGUGCGCAGACUCGAUCGCACAGAAUUUCGCUCACAUCUAGGUGAGACCUCUUUUAUUCGUGUUUAUGAGGACCGAAUGAUCCCCAGCUGGGACAGGCCAAGGUCCCGCUCCAGAUCCAGAGGUCGCUAUUCCCCUGAGUACUAUGGCCGGGGAUCACCCCCUCCACGUUACUCGUCAUCACCUCGCAGUACAAUGCCUCGUCGUAGUCCGCCACUCAGAAGAUAUCAACCACAAUACAGCCCACCUUCACGUCAUUAUUGAUGAAGAAGUUUAUAUCUGGGAUUGGGGAUUUUUAUAAUGUUUUUAACCCCAUACCUCAAGAUUAAAGCCUUUUCUUUUAAUUGGUACAUUCCAUCUAAAUCAUUUGGGAACUGCAUUUUUUUUCCUUUUAAUAUUGUUGCAAUUUUUUAUUGAAAAAUCUUUUUAUGAUUGAAGUUAGAUUACGGUCUUAAUUGCCACUCAAGGGAAGACAUUUUGGAGAUAGAUUUCAGUAACAUUAUAUCGACCUUAUCCAUAUGGUGAAGUAUCUUAAAAUGUUAUUGUUUUUGUUCCCUUCUUUCAUCACUAACCAGGCUGUUUGUUCUGAGUAUUCAGUCUAUGGGUUCCUGAUAUGUGUUUUCAAUAAAAUGAAAUAUAUUGUUAAAAAUGCAAAGGACACAAAAUGCAAAAUAAACAUUUUAAUACACAAAUGAAA